AUGAUGUCUAAUGAAAAUAAAUCGUGGCCUGAAUUUGUUGGUAAAGAUGCCGACGAAGUUAAAAGUCAAUUAACAGCUGAAGGUUAUCAAGUUGAAAUAAAACCUGAAGGAGCACCAACUACCCGUGAUUUUCGUCUCAAUCGUGUUCGUUUAUUCGUCGACGACAAUAACGCCAUCGUUAAAGAACCACGUACUGGUUAA